CAUAGCUGAGCUGGCUGUUUUUAGUGCACUUGCUCUUCCAACCUCUUGACGUCUUUGCCUUGGUACCGGUGACUUAAAGCGAAUAUUUACAGAUAAGUAGUGGAGAGCCCACUCCUACUCACCAUUCAAUUAAAAGCUAACGUCAAAGUUUAAAACUUUGCCUCUUCGACGCCAUGGAUCCCACCAGCCAAGAUAUCAACCUGAACUCCCCCAACAAGGGCCUUGUGGUGGAUCAGCCGGAGAGCAUGUCUGAACUGCCUGUAGAGGGGGCUGUGGGGAACUCUGCCAACCCUCUGCCCCCUGGGCUGACGGAGGAGGAGGCGGUGGAUCUGCAGAUUGAGCUCAUCAAGGUGGAGGAGGAGAUCAGCACCCUCAGGCAGGUGCUGUCGGCCAAAGAGAAGCACGCUGCCGAGCUGAAGAGGAAGCUGGGCCUGAACCCGCUCAACGAGCUGAAGCAGAACAUCACCAAGGGCUGGCAGGACGUCCAGGCGUCCAACGCCUAUGUGAACACCACAGAGAAACUAAGCAACUGGAACCAAAGACUGACCGGCUCAGAUCUAUAUCUGUCUGCCUCAGCCACUUUGGAUGACAUUGCCCAUUCGGAAGCGUAUAAGAAGACCCAGGAGACCCUAUCCCAAGCCAGCAUCAAGACCACCGCAGCUUUCUCCACCAUGGGCACAGCUCUCAGCCGAAAACUGGGAGACAUGAGAGCGCUCCCUUUCGCUAAUUCCUUCGGUAGCAACUAUUCCAUUCGCCACUCAAUAAGUAUGCCCGCUAUGAGGAACUCGACCACGUUCAAGUCAUUUGAAGACCGAGUGGAGAACCUCAAGUACAAGGUGGUCGGGCCCAAAGGAAACGGAGAAGCCGGCUCCCCCAACGACUCCAACCCCACUCAGGACAACGCACCCUUCUGAGCACCCCCACACUCGCCCCCCCCCCCCCACCCCCCCACACAAACACACACACUUCUCUAGCUGCACCCCUAAACCCUCCUCGCUACCAGAGACUGCUGUCAUCACCUCGCAUCACUGGUCCCAAAAAACGACCUCUGACCUCUCAGCAGAUCACCUGAUCUGCCUUUCCACCAAUCAGCGGACCCGAGCUCUGUGAAUGACCAGGUUGGUUGGCGGGAAGGGACAGAGUAGGGAGGGAUGAUCUGAAGUCAUCACACCGUCGGAUCCUCCGCCUCCAUGAGUAAUGUGUAAUAUAUAUAUAUAUAUAUAUAUAUAUAGCACAUCGGCCACCCUGUCACUAAGCCUCUCCCUCAGUCUACAUGUUCACUGCUUAGGCCUCCUUCCCCAGUCUGCCAACACUCCACCCCGUUCUCUGCUCCGUUAGCAGAAGCAGGUUAUUAGCGUUGUACCAUACAAUAUGAAUCCCCAUUUUAUUUUUGUUCAACGCUUUUGGUCAAAGUUAGCCCGAUUUUGUCAUUCAGCUUUGUUGUAACUUUAUUUCCCAUGUAGAGAAAUGCCAAAUAAUCGAUUGGCCAAAUGCAGCCCAUCACAUUCUUCUGUACUUUUCUUUCUUUCACCAUUAUUUGCCGGGAAGGCGGGUCGCCUGCUUGUCUGCUUUCAAUCUCUCCCUGUGUGCACCGUACAUACUCAUGCACACGAGUAGUGAACCCCCCCCCCCCCCCCUCCCUUGCUACAUGCAUGUGCAUAUCUCAUCUCAGCUGCCCACCAUUAACCAAUGAGGACCCAGGUCUGAGCUCUAAACCACACGAUGUAAAAAUAUAGAAUGAUAAACCUUAAACCAUUUUGUAUUCUAAACUAUUUUACACUGCUUUGCAUAAUGUUUUUACAUAACUUUUAUCUACAUGUAUAAAUCUAUAUAAAUAAACUAUAUUGUAAACAAUGCUGCCAGCUGCCCCUGGUGGAGUAGGGGGGGGGGGGGCUGUAUAACUAAACACUAACUGUGCGUUGGACAAACGGGAACUAGAAUCAUCUCAGUAGAAAGUUCCUCCAGGAACACAAAAUUCUAUAGCAAGCAGCUUGGCAGCCCUUUUUCGAUCGUCUUAAGUCCACGUUUUAGAAACUGGUCCAUGUAUCAUUUACGAUCUGCAGUUACUUUUUAUAGCCACCGGGGGGCUGCAUUGAGGCUGAGCUAAGACCAGCUAGGGGCGCUUGCUGUAAACAUGCAGUGCUGUGUGGAAACCUCCAAUUGCAGGUCACAGUCGAGCUGUCUAAAAUUAACUGUUCUGCAAGGAGCUUUCGCUGGACCUUGACUGCAGGCUGUCUGGUCUCUGCGUUUUUGUUCUUGUACCACAACGUGAGCAGAGUCAUUCUGUGUUUUCACCACCCACUGAAUGUAACCACUUUUGUUGGCCUUUCCAACAUCCAACACUUCAUCUCUUCUCAUCAGUCAGCUGGGAUACUGUUGUAUACAUGUAAUAAGUUGGGACUGUUUCUGCUUUUCAGGAAAUGGGGGGAGGAGGGUAACGUGACCUACAGGUUGCCAUAAAAAAAAUAUUUGCCACAUCUAUAACUUAUCUGAAAAAGUUCUUGCUGCCAUAAAGGUAAUAAAUUAAUAUAAGGCCACAGCUGACACUCACUAGCGUGCACUUGCAAGACUUCACGCCUGACUAGGUGCACUCUAUGUCCAUGUGUGAUGCCAAACAAAAGACACUUAAUGGAAACAUUUGCCAAUGUUGGUCAUGCCUUUGUGCACUUACAAUGUGUCAAUGUGCAUACAUGCACCCACGAAUCCUUAUUGUACAAAAAUGUAAAACAAAAAAUAUAGCGGCGGAAAAUGUUAUUGAAACAAUGUCACUGUUUAUUUUUCUUUUAACAUGAAGUAAAAAAAAAAGAUUGUAAAAUAGUUGUAUAUUUACCCCUGCUUAAUGUAUUGAGGUUGACAACCUUUCUGAGGCAAACACCGCAAUCAGAUGAACCAGGCUUAAGAACAGAAUAUAAUUUCACAUUACUGGUUAGGAGAGAACGAGAAACCAAACACUGACAUCAACUCUGGAAAAUAAAAUGGCUACCGAGUCCUCUAGAUAACUGCCUCAGAAAUGUUUUCUAUCAUAAUCCAGGGUUUCUUUUUGUUCUUUCAUUUGCGUUGAUUAAUUUUGCUGGAAGUUCUGGCUGUUGGAUGAUCAGAACUGUUUCUUUUCUGGUGAAGAGAAGUGAAUAAAGGGGUUAGGAUUUUGUACAAGUUUUGCUAUUGUUCUACCUUUUGCUUGUAUUUAAAUACCUGUUACAAACUGCUCUUUUCAUUCUUUGGACUGAUUUUGUUAUAUCCCUCUUUUCACAGACUGAUUCGUUUAAGCAGCUUGAUUCUUGUUUUUUAUUCAAACAGGCAGGGAGAAAAGCCUUCACUGCAAGGAAUUGUGUUAGAAUUAAUUUACUUAAUUCUUUGAAAAUAAAUGCAUCUUAGGUCUAACUUUUCUCAUGAUGGGACUUGAAAUUAAGGUUUUGAACAUGUGUGAAACACCAUUGUAAAGCAAUUAAUUAUGCUUUACCCUGGAUUGGAUUUCCUCUCAGCUGUCGGAUGUAUAGCAUUGUAAAGGGUGUAUACAAUUGUCCAAGAUCAGCAAUAUUUUUGCAGUGUAGCAAAGGGGGUAAUUCUGGGGGGGUUACGGUAAAAUGCUUAAGUACAAUAGUAGUAUUUUGGGUGCCAAUGAGAAGCUAUUGCUGAUUAGUAGGCUACUAUACCUUUAUUUAGUUCUGGAGCCUAGCGAAUUGAGAAUUAAAAGGGAUCAGCGUUGGAUGAAUGCUGGAUUUAUUUACAAUGUUUUGUUUUGUCUAAUGUUUGGCUAUCAAUAAAGCAUUCCUUUAAAUGA